AUGUGCUGUUUGUUCCGAGCUCGCCUCGCGCACGGUGAGAGUCGCGGCGGCGGGAUUAACGGAAGAUUCCUGCAGGGGGAGAAGAGAAACACAGUCAGCGCUCCGGCGGCCCCGGGCCCGGCACCUGGGGAGGGAGACACCCUGGACACGCGCGCCACGGGCGCCAAAGACACCCGCGCGGACGGGGCUGGGGCACCACCCCGGGGGACCGGGGACCCCACCCCGAGGGAACGGGGACUCCACCCGGGGGAACGGGACCGCACCCGGGGAAAAGGGGCCACCCCGGAGAACGGGACCCCCACCCUGGGGUAUGGGGCACCCACCCUAGGGUCAGAGCACACACCGCGGGGACCCCGGCGCCCACCACAGGCUCGGGACGCCGGGAAGCGGCAGGCGCCCCCCGAGGGUCCCGCGGCCCCAAUUGGGCGGAAGGCGACACGGGAGUCUCCGCGGGCCCCAACUACCCCCCAGAGGCCGUCGCGCUCCCGGCCCCGCCACGUCCCCCCGGGUCCUCGCCGAGGCCGGCGGCGCCGGGGGGCGGGCAGGCGGGCCGGGGCUGCUCCUGAAGGGGGAGCCUGGACGCGCCCACCCCGCCCUCCGCCUCCUCCCGGGCUCGGCGCUGCCCCCUACAGGCCGCAGGGCCCUCCCCGGCGCCCCCAACCCACCGCGAGCCGCUCGGCUCCCGCUCGAGGUCGCCGCCGUCGCGGCUGCUCUCUCCCGGCCGGCUCAUCCGGCCGCGGGAACCUCGCCGCCGAGCGGACGGCGACUGGCGGCGGCCGCGGGCCCUGGAGACUCCGGGGCCCCCAGAGCUGCGGCAACUGCCAAUUACCCUCCCCGCGCCCCGAGGGGCAACGACCGCGCAGGCCGCGGGGCCGCACGGAGGUCCGGGGCUCGGGGCUCCGCCGCUGUGCCCCCUCCAACCCCCGCCCGGCGCGGGACUGGUUCCCCUCCCGCCAGCUCGGGGAGAGGCCCUCCGGACGUUCCCCUCUGGGCUUCCCCAGUGGGUCAGACCCACUUCUCAUACAGAAACCAAUUCCGCCCCUUUGGGCUCCUGAACUGUGA